AUGACUGGUUUCAGUCUGCCAAGCCAGAAUUUCGAUUUCUCGAAGAUGAAAAAUGAAUGGUCUCAUCUGUCUAUUUGUCCACAAAACUUAUUUUUCAAGAACGACGUUAGGCCAACUAUUUUAUUGGGACAAGGUAACUACCAUCUCAUAAUGCCUAGAAAGAUUUAUGAAGGUCCACCAAAUUCACCAAUUUUAAGCUGGACUAAACUUGGAUGGAUUGUUCACGGAAAAUUUAGAUGCAAAAAGGAUAUUCUCGACAAUUCAAAUUCCAAUUUCUUUUGUUAUCAAGAAUCUGAAGAUGAUUUACAUCGGUUGGUCAAAGAUUCAUUUAAGCUUGAUAACUAUGGAAUUACAAAGCCGAAUUACGAAACUUCAUUAUCGCCGAAGGAGGAAAAGGCACUAAAAAUUUUAGAAGAAACAACUGCCUAUACAGGAGAACGUUAUGAAUCUGGACUGUUAUGGGCCACAGAAAACUUCAGAUUUCCUCCCAGUUAUAACAACGCUCUAAGUCGACUUCAUGGAAUAGAACGUAAAUUGGAUCGAGACCCAAUAUUAGCGGAAGAAUACUGUCGAAAAAUAGAUGAAUAUUUAAACAAAAAUUACGUCAAGAAAUCAAGUGUAGAAGAGGCAGCCCAAACACACAAUAGAACUUAUUAUUUGCCACACUUUGGAGUGCGCAAUCCAAAUAAACCUGGAAAAUUGCGUUUAGUGUUCGAUGCUGCAGCAAAAAGUCAUGGAGUAUCCUUGAACGAUGCUUUACUAACUGGACCCGAUCUCUUGAAUUCACUACCAGCGGUCCUCAUGAAAUUUAGACAGCAUGCCAUCGCCUUUGUUGGAGACAUAAAAGAAAUGUUUCAUGAAAUUAACAUAAAAACAGAAGAUGUCGAUUCUCAAAGGUUUCUUUGGCGUGGAAUGGAGAGGCAUAGAAAACCAGACACCUACAUCAUGAAAGCAAUGACUUUUGGAGCAACUUGUUCACCAUCGACUGCCCUUUAUGUGGUGAAAUUGAAUUCCAGAAGAUUUGAAGAUCAAUAUCCUGAAGCUAGUAAAGCAAUUUGUACCAAGGAAUACAUGGACGACCAUUUAGACUGCUGUGAAACAAUUGAUAGUGCUAUUAACAGAAUUCAGCAAGUAAUUGAAAUUCAUGAAGCAGGUGGAUUUGUUAUAUGUAAUUGGAUCAGUAAUUCGAAAGAAGUUUUAGACAAUAUCCCUGAAGAUCUCAAAGCCCACAGUGACAAACAGUUGAAUUCAGAUGAUGGCCUCGCUACAGAGAGGAUUUUAGGAAUGUGGUGGGACGCGAAAACAGAUACGUUUAUUUUUCGAGUUAAUGAAUCAAAAUUUGAAAAUAUUCAUUUAAAAAGUCCAACAGAGAGAGAGAUAUUGAGAGUUGUGAUGAGUAUCUUCGACCCACUAGGAUUUGUAUCACCAAUAUUAGUGGCUGGCAGAAUUUUAUUACAAAAUAUUUGGCGUUCAAAUAUUACCUGGGAUGAACAUCUACCAAGAGAUCUUCAAGCAAAAUGGGAAAUCUGGCUCCAGUUACUAAAUAAUGUGAAGACGUUCAAAAUUUCAAGGUGUUAUUUACCACUCUCAAGCAGUUAUGGAUCUACGGAACUCCACAUAUUCGUUGAUGCCAGUGAAGAAGCCUAUUCAGCAGCAGUUUAUUUGAGAAACGAAAGUGGUCCAAUAAUCUCAGUUUCCCUAAUUAUAUCGAAAAAUCGCGUUGCCCCCCUGAAAGGAAUUUCAAUACCACGUCUGGAACUGCUUGGAUCUCGGCUUGCUGAAACAGUUCAAAAUUCCCUGGAAGUAGAAAUAAAAGGAAGAAUGUUUUGGUCUGAUUCCCAGUCUGUUCUUCAUUGGAUAAAAUCCGACUCCAAAAAAUAUAAACAAUUUGUAGCGAACAGAAUCACAGAAAUCCAUGAUCUCACAAGAACCGAUGAAUGGAAAUGGAUAUCGACUGACUUGAAUCCUGCCGACCUAGCGACUCGCUUCUGCAAGAAAAAAUUUCUAACAUUGAAUUCAUUAUGGUUAGAAGGUCCACCAUUCUUGAAAAACUGUAAAUCCGAAUGGCCAGACCAACCUCGUAUAUUUUUGAAUCAUAAGUCUGAUUUAGAACUGACGAAGGAGUAUGUGACUGUUCAUAUGGAGAAUUGCGUCUGGAUUAUUCCGAAUUCAUAUAUUAACAGAUUGUCAUCCUGGUUGAAAUAUCUUAGAUGCACUGCUUGGACUAUUCGUUUCACAAGGAACUUGAAAAGUCCUAAAAAAAUUCGAAACACACUGAAUAGAACAUUGGAUGUGCCUGAACUCACCUUAGAAGAAAUUGAAGAGGCAGAAAAAAUGACUCUAAUUGCAAUACAGUUUUCCCUAUUUCCAGAAGAAGUGAAGCACCUGCAGAGUAAAAAAGCCUUGAAAAAAUCAAGCAAACUGUUUCCAUUGUCACCUUUCCUUGAUGAAGAUGGAAUAAUUAAGAUGAGGAGUCGUUUGGAAGCAUCUUCUGAAAUUGACCGAAUGACGAAAUUUCCUGUAAUCCUAGAUGAUUGUAAAGCAGUAAGAUUGUUGGUACAACAUGUGCAUAAACGAUUUUUACAUCAAGGAACAGAAUCUGUUACAAUGGAACUAAGAAAAAAAUUUUGGAUUUUUAAGAUUAAAACAAUUGUCAAGAAAGUAAAAAAUACUUGUCUUUGGUGUAAGAGACGAGAUUCCAAACCUGAAGUACCAGAAAUGGGACCAUUACCCCAGUGUAGAGUGACGAAACCUCCACAUCCUUUCUUUUACACAGGAAUGGAUUUCUUCGGACCCAUCGAAGUUGCUGUAGGACGAAGACAUGAAAAACGUUGGUGUUUAUUAUUCACUUGCAUGUCUGUCAGAGCUAUUCACAUUGAAGUCGCUCAUUCGCUAACAACAGACAGUUGUAUAAUGGCCAUACAAAGAUUCACCAGCCGCAGACCUUGUCCACGAGAAAUCUUCUCUGAUUGUGGUACAAACUUUAUACGUACUAAUAGAGAGUUACAGCAACAAGUGAAACAUUUGGAUCAUCAAAAAAUUCAGAAGACCCUUAUUCAUAUGGAAGAAGGUAUCAAGUGGAAUUUCAAUCCAGCACGAACACCACACAUGGGAGGUUGCUGGGAGAGGUUGAUUAGAUCUGUCAAAAAGGCUUGA